UGAGAAUGCUACCUACCUACUUAAUAGACCCACGCAUCUUGGUCCUUUAUAUAAAGGUAUUUCGGAAACUUAUAAUCAGGUCAAUUACAUAUCUAACAGAUGACGUUUGAAGUUCAAUACAGUAGGUCAGUUUUGCUGGGCUUCGGCGAAUACCUGCGUCAAGUUAUCGAUACUUUCCCUCUAUAUAGACAUCUUUCCUAACCAGAAGCUCCGUCGUGGCUGCUAUGUCACCAUGGGUAUAUCGGUUUGUUACUUCAUCAGCGUGCUGUUGGAAGCAUUCGUCUUGUGCAGCCCAGUGGAGUUCAAUUUGGAUAAGACGAUCUCAGGUGGCGAGCGUCAUAAUCAAAAUCUUGCGUAUAUUAUGUCUGGGAUCACAAACCUGGUUAUAGAUGUCGUCGUCGUGGCCCUUCCAAUGCCUUUGAUAUUCCGCCUGCAAAUAUCUACGGCAAGAAAGGUCGGGGUCGCCGCGAUGUCCGGGUUGAGCAUCUUUUAAGUACACGGUCGGGUCGAUCGUAACUCUACCCCAAGGUGUUAUGCAGAUUUGUGUUGGUCGUCUCUAGAAUCUGUGUUAUUUGAUUGCUCAGAGUUGUCUCGCUCGCCCAAUGGGAUUUAUCCGAUAUUACAUGGACGGCUACGGCCAUUUCCAUCUACUCUCUCUUAGAGCCAACUUUCAGCGUCAUUAACGCAUGCCUUCCCACUAUUAAGCCGGUUCUAUACUACGUGUCUCCGAAGUUGCCUCAAAGCCAGAGUAAAGGCUAUAGCAGAAACACGGACAUCGCAAGGAUGGACGACGUGAGGGAUGUAUGUUGGCUCAACUUAUCAGGGAUAAGUCAUGACCAAGGUCUCGCGCAGUUCGAUGACGGGUUGCCACAUGCUGGCAUGUGAAGUUUCGUAAGUCGUGGCGCUCGACAUAUGGGAGGAAGAGCGCGAUUUCAGUCACAUGUGGAUGCGCUGUCGGAACUUCGACUUAGGAAAGGAGCUUAUGAGAACCGAACUAUUUUGCAAGAUGAGUUGGUCUCGUUGGAAUUAGGUCUUAUCAUACCGAAAGGCGUUUUUC